CAGCUCCAAAGGACGUCAUCACGUGGCUCAUCUGCAAUCACCGUCGAGGUAAGGAUUGGCAGGCGUUGACUUACCUCAUUCAGAGUCGUAUUCAGGGCAGCUCAAGGCCCCCAGCCCCUUAUGUGCUGACGGGGCACCGAGAGGAAUGCAAGCGCGCGCCAUAUAUAUCUUACGACUUCCCUUAGCUCAUCGCACUGCCAUCUUACACUGCCUUCACUCCCUGGUCUGAGCUCAAAAGUUUGUUCUUUAUUCGUGAAUUUUGUCUCUACUGGUCUGAGACACUUCUUCCUUCCGCACUCACUCGUUCAGACAUAAUCCCAUCAAGAGCCUGCUUCGAACCGUCGCUAUAAUCAAGACGUAUUCGCCAUUGAACCUGUUCCGAUCCGCAUCGAAAUCAAUACCAACUUCCGGUUACGUCAAACAUCAUGGGUUUCAAAAAGACGAUAUUCCUUGCUACUGCAUUAGCACUGUCUGCCUUUUCCGCACCUCUUCCAGAUUGUCCUGGCGACAUCGAAGAAUCCAAGGGAGCCGGCAACACAACCGCCUUGACCGCCGAGAAACUCACCGCCAUCGCACCAGCAACUGCCUCUUGCGCUGAUGCAAAGUUUCCCGCCGAGUGCGCCGACGCGUCCCAAGCUGCGACUGCCAUCAACAAGGCGUUCGAAACCUACAAGAUCACAUCCACGGGGGAAAAGGCAGCGCUCAUAGCGUAUAUGCUGUUCGAAUCCGGAGACUUCAAAUACAGCAAGAACCACUUCCCUGGGAGGCCAGGGCAAGGGACGAGGAUGAUGGCUAUGCCACCGUUUGUCAAACUCUACGCUAGCAGUGUGGCUGGGGAGCAGGCCGUUGCGCAAGCAGAGACGGCCGGAGGAGAUGCUGGACUGAAUGCUGUGCUCGCGCUGGUCAACAGCGAUAAUGAAAAGAGCUUUGGAAGCGCCGCAUGGUUCUUGACUUCUCAAUGCACCCCCGACGUUCGAUCCGGAUUGUCUGCAGAGACGGUGGACGGCUGGCACAACUUCUUGACUGCAUGUGUUCAGACAACAGCAGCCGCUGAACGCGAUGUUCCUUGGGUCGCUGCAAAGCAGAUCUUGCUAGGAGAUGCUUCUUAUCCAUCAUGAACCCUUUGUUCGAGAGUAGUAGUAGCUUCUAGCUCUGCACUCAGUAGUAGAUGAUGCAUGUACUUAUUCGCGCACGACAUUUCAAACCAACGUAACGAUUGUUCUUCAUAUUAUUUGACCAUGCUUUUUCUUGCUCGCUAUCUUCUUGCAGGCAUCCCCGCCAUGGGCUGCAAGGCAGACACUAACCUUAUUCAAUACAAGUUCAAUUUCCC